AAUUGUUGCUUGGAACAUUUUUACGUAAAUAGUCUGUUCAUUCACUUAUGACACAAGCAGAGUUACCACCUAAAGGGUUUGUGUAUUAUUUUGCUUUUGGAGCAAAUAUAAACCCCAAGGUUCAUGGAAAAGAAGCGAGUGAUAGGUAUCAAGGAAGACGAACCAACUUUGUCCAAGCAAAACCAGCACGACUUCCAGGAUAUCGGAUUGUUUUCAAUCUGCGUGGUUUUGCAUUUGGAGAACCUUGUUUUGGUAACAUAGAGCAAUGUGACGACGAAGAAGUCCACGGUGUUUGCUACUGUAUUGCACAAGAUGCACUUGAACGCUUGCAUGAAUCCGAGUUUCCUUACAAGCUUAUUGAUGUUCAGGUUGAAACAUAUGAAGGCCAAAGAUUGCAAGCCAAGACAUUACAAGCUUCCUCAGUUAGAGAUAUCGAAGCUUGUCCAAAGUGUUCGGUACCUUCAAGAAGAUAUUGGAAUCUCAUAGUUGAGGGUUGCAGAUAUUGGAAGUUGAAACCAGAAUAUGUUGACAAGUUAGAAAGAGUACGGUAUUUGGCUCCUACUUGGUCACAUAACACACUAUCCAAAGUGUUUCUUUGGUUUAUUCAAGUAGGCUUGGCAAAGUUGAGAGUUCCUAUGGCCUAUCGCAAGUAUAUUUAUUUUUUUAUUUGUAGAGUGUCUUGGUGGCUUGUGGAUUGGAAACAUUUAUUAUCUCAUCACCAUUCGUAAAGCAGAAUAUUAUUAUCAUUUUCAAGUCAACAUUGUAUGUAUGAUG